AUGGCGGCGAGCAUCGGAAUCAUGGACAGUGCUUACUUCGUAGGGAGAAACGAGAUUCUCACUUGGAUCAACGAUCGCCUUCACCUCAAUCUCUCUCGCGUCGAAGAGGCUGCAUCUGGUGCUGUUCAAUGUCAGAUGCUUGAUAUGACCUUUCCUGGAGUUGUGCCAAUGCACAAGGUUAACUUUGAUGCGAAGAACGAGUACGAUAUGAUACAAAACUACAAGGUCCUGCAAGAUGUGUUCAACAAGCUCAAAGUUACAAAGCCACUGGAGAUUAACAGGCUUGUGAAAGGCCGACCACUGGAUAACUUGGAGUUUCUGCAGUGGCUUAAACGUUACUGCGAUUCCAUCAAUGGUGGCAUUAUGAACGAGAACUAUAAUCCGGUGGAACGAAGAUCGAAAGGUGGUAGAGAGAGGAGUGUAAAGGGAUCUAAUAAGAUGCCAAAGUCACUGCAAACCAACGAUAACCAUCCUCCAUCCAAUUCCAGUUCGGUUGGUCUAACCAAAGCCACAGUAACUGAAACUAAAUUAUUCUCUUCUGCUUUACAGCUUACAGAUCUCAAGCUCUCUUAUGAUCUCUUGGGAAAAGAAAGAGACUUUUACUUCUCCAAGCUCCGGGAUGUUGAGUUACUUUGCCAAACUCCUGAAAUAGAGGAUCUUCCGGUUGUAGUAGCAGUGAAGAAGAUACUGUAUGCAACAGAUGCAAAUGAAUCUGCACUAGAAGACGCUCAAGAGUACUUAAACCUGUCAUUAGGUGUUGAAGUUGAAGAUGAAGGAAACGGAGAGCAAGAAGAAGAAGAAGAAGAAAAGACUCAAGCCUAAGCUCUGACUAUUAAUAAAUCCUAAGUAGAAGACAUUUCCGGAUCAAGUUUUUUUUUGUUUUGUUUUGUUUCUAGAGUGGAACAAUGGCUGGUCAUGGCCUUCUCUUCAAAGUUUUCCUUUCUGAAAGCAAACUUGCUGAAACUUGAAGAUGAAUGAGCUUCUCUAAUAGAAAGCUUUACUUUGAGAACAACUGAGAGUUUUGUUACCGGGGCCUCAUUAUUAGUCAAGAUGCUUAUCCUU